AUGGCUCCUCAAGCUUCUGAUGUCGUUGACACGUCUCGCCCUAGCACGGGCUCCGGACCUGCUGGCUGUGUGCGUAGAAUCUAUCUGCUCCGUCCUAGUCAGUUACCCUCUCACAAAUCGACACCCACUGUCAUCCGACAGCUAAAGCUGGCCUCUAGUCAGUCUGCUACGACGAGCUCGAGCAUGGCCCUUCAGGCCUGGGUCGAGACUGACCAUCCGGAACGGACCCCUCUGAUUGCUGAUGCCAUUCCUUCCACUCAAGCAACGGGUUGCACUCUAUCCGCUCAAUAUUCGUUAUCCUACUAA